AUGCCUUCAGACAACCCCCUCCCACUCGGUCCAGAGUGGACAGAUCCGGAUUCCUACGUUGACGCGCUUCUGGCCUUCGCGACCUCCGAUGAUCUGUUCAGGAACCUGUGUGGUGGUGUGCAUAUAUUGGACUUUCUGACACGAGAACCGAGUGUCUACACGACUCUAUUACAGGAUGAUUGGCGGGAUUUCUUCGAAGAACAUGAUAUUCACGAUAUACUACACCUCCUCUUGAGAGAGGAUGUAGGUCAGCUCAGGCAACAGCAAGAAUCCUCGGCACUCAAUGGUCACACAGCUGUAGGGACAUGGAGAGGCGGCCCUUUGCCGCCCAUCAGUCUUCUUGACUACAUUAGCAAUAUCCGGAGGCUGAGUCUGCGACGAGACUUCACCCCUGUCGACUUCAGGCAGGGUACUAUCCCACCGCGACUCGCCAUUGGUAUGAAGACGAAGAAGUUACAUGAAGUCGAGAACUUCUCACACUAUGUCGACCAACUGUGCGGGCAAGUGGCAGAGCUGCGAGGGGAAGAUGUUUCCCAUGUGGUGGAUUUUGGGUCUGGUCAAAACUAUCUCGGACGGACCCUGGCCAACUCCUACAACAAGCACAUAAUUGCUAUUGAACGCGAACACCAGCAUAUGCGUGGUGCCAAUCGGUUUGACCAACAUGCCCUUGGUAUUAAAAAGGAGGUAAUUUGGCAAAACAAUGAGGGAAAAUGUGAGGACUGCGACGAGCGUCCAACACAGAAAUCACAGUCUCCGGUCCGGGCAGAAGAGAGCGCAACGGACUCCACAACUACCGCAAAGGAUUCAGCGGUACCAAAUGAUUCAGACUUUACUGUUAUCAAUGUUUUCCGGGGUGUCGAUAUAGAUCCGGAGGAUUUCACGCCCUCUCCGCGCCCUCGCAAGAAGGGCGUACCAGCAAGUGAGCAACCGCCAAGAGAGGUGCGAGGCGCGAUAGACUACAUCGAGCAUAACAUCAAGGAUGGGUAUCUGGAGCCUAUCAUCAAGCACAUUAUGGAGCCAUCUACCAGCGCAGUCGCAGGUGAUUCUUCUCAAGAGGCCACCGUCGUAAUAAGUGACGGGAAGGCAGUCGAUGCCAGAUGUAUGGUUGUCUCCCUUCAUUCAUGUGGCAAUCUCGUCCAUCAUGGGAUUCGGUCCCUAGUCCUGAACCCUUCCGUGGUCGCCGUUGCCAUGAUCGGCUGUUGCUACAAUCUCAUGACAGAACGACUUGGUCCCAUCACAUGGAAACUACCGAUUCUCCGUUCUCUCCAUCCACGUCUGCAGGAGACUUCACGAGCCUAUGAUCCCCAUGGCUUCCCCAUGUCGCAACGCAUGGAGAACUUUGCCCAUGAGGGAGGCACAGGUGUGAAAUUGAACAUCACUGCUCGAAGUAUGGCAGUCCAGGCACCCUACAACUGGGGGCGAGAAGACAGUGAGAGUUUCUUCACCCGUCACUACUAUCGUGCCCUACUGCAGCGCAUUCUCGUAGACAAGGAAAUAAUUCCAAGGCCUGUCAAUGCACGCAGCCUCUAUGAGCCUGAGCAGGCAGAGAUCGAGGCCACCGGCCCCCCGCUGAUUGUUGGGUCUCUUCGCAAAGCGGCUUUUACCUCGUUUCCUGCGUAUGUACGUGCUGCCGUUUCACGAUUAUGUCGUGAUGCACACUACGGGGCCAAGGUCCAGGAGAGGUUGGCAAACAUCACUGAUGAAGAACUGGAACGCUACGUCCAAGAGUACGCCCCCACAAAAAAGCAUCUCAGUGUCACCUGGAGCUUGAUGGCACUUAGCGCCUCGGUUAUUGAAGCCAUCAUUGUCGUCGACCGAUGGCAAUUCCUCCGUGAGCAUGAAUCCGUCAAGGAUUGCUGGGUUGAGCCGGUUUUCGCCUACAAGGAGAGUCCCCGGAACUUGGCCGUCAUCGGAAUCAAGAAAUAA